UUUGACUCCGAGGUGGGGGGGAGCUUCCCCUGAGGGUGCAGGGGGAGCCGGGCUGUGCUGGACAGGCAGUGACCCCGAAGGGCCCCUACCUGCGAGUGUUGGGGAGCAGUGGGGGCGAGGGUCUCCCUUUAUUUCCGUGCCAGGGAGGGGGCUACAAAGGUCCGGGGCGAAGUGCUGCUGCUUUAUCCAUUUCUUUGCUCUUUGCAGGUCUCGCUGGGGCUCAGGGGACGGCUCCCCGCGCCGAGGAAGCAAGCGAAGGGCAGCGGCUGGUUGCGUGCGAGGCGCCCCGGGCAUUGCCUUGCUCGCCUCCUGCACCCGCCGCGGGCAGCGGGCCGUGCCCCGAGCGGAGAGUUUCUGUCCGGCGUCCGGAUCCCGGCCAGGGCGAGCCAGAGGGGGGCUCGAGUGGCGCGAGGAUGCCGGGGCGCGCUGUGCGGGGCGCGACGCCUCCUGCCCCGGUCGGGGAGAGGCGGGCGGCGCUGGGGCUGUUGUUGCAGGUGCUGCUGGGCUGGGGCUCGGCUCAGCAGUCCGGCUCCUGCCCGGCGCCCUGCGAGUGCUCCGAGGCGGCCCGGACGGUGAAGUGCGUGAACAGGAACCUGACUGCGGUGCCCCAGGACCUGCCGCCCUACACGCGGCUGCUCUUCCUCACCGGCAACCAACUGGCCAGCCUCCAGCCCGGCGCCUUCCUCUCGCCGCCGCUGCCCGAGCUCAGCCUCCUUAACCUGAGCGGCAACCACCUGCAGCAGGUGGAGGCGGGUGCCUUCGCCAGCCUGCCCAGCCUGAGGCAGCUGGACCUGAGCAGCAACGACCUGGCCAGGCUCAGCCCCGAGGCCUUCGGCAACGCCAGCAGCCCCCUGGAGGAGCUUAACCUUAGCAACUCCCUCAGCAACCAGAGCGUGGUGCCUGCCCUGGCCGAGCUGCUGGGCUGGGGGGUGCUGGGCAACCUCAGUCGCCUAGAGCUGGCAGACAACAAGCUGCUCUUCCUGCCCGCGGGCAUGUUCUCCUCUCUGCCUAACCUACAGCAUCUGGACCUGCGGAACACCUUCCUGGUUAGCUUGCAUGCCGUGGCUUUCCACAGCCUGGCCCAGCUUCAGAGCCUCGACCUCAGCCACAACUCCCUGAAGUGCCUGAAGAAUGCCACCAUCGCCCAGCUCCGCAGCCUGCCCGCACUCCACAGGAUCAACCUGGGCCACAACACCUGGGUCUGCGACUGCUGCAUCCAGCACUUGGUGAACUGGCUGAAGGAGAGUGACCAGGUGUCUCCUGAAAAGAUGCAGGACAAACCCCUGGUGAAAACCAGCAGCUCAGACCUGGACUGUUCUGUGCCUGUAGACAUCCAGUCCCAACUGCAAACUUCGUAUGUCUUCUUAGGGAUAGUGCUGGCUCUCAUUGGAGCCAUUUUUCUUCUGGUUUUGUAUUUGAACCGAAAAGGAAUCAAAAAGUGGAUGUACAAUAUCAGAGAUGCAUGUAGGGAUCACAUGGAGGGAUAUCACUACAGAUACGAGAUCAACGCAGACCCUAGGUUAACAAACCUCAGUUCUAGUUCUGAUAUAUGAAGGUAGACUAUGGAAGCAGGGAAAGGCACAAUAGCUAUGCAUGAAAUAUAGACAUAAGCUUUACCCCCAUGCUUGCUUCCCCAUUUCCAAAGGAACAGCAGUGCCAUGUGGAGAAUAUACCUUCACAUAAUGUUAAGUUGAUGACUCUUUUCUGUUACCCUGAAAUACUGAGCAACUGUGCAUGGCAUUAGGCUGUACAUAAGAAUCAUGCUGCUGCUUCCCCUCCUCCCUUCCACACACACAACUGUAUUUCUUUGCAACUUGUUCUCAAGACUUAUUUGAAACAUUUUUCAAGAUCUGAAAUGAAAAAGGAUACUUUCUUUGAUAUUUCCAAACUGCAAGAGCAUAUAAAAUGCACCAAUACAGAUACUGUUCAACAAAAGCUGCCUCAACUUUUUUGGGAAAGAAGCUUUAUUCAUCACAGUUUUGUUCUUAUGUAUCCUAAUUGAGAAGAAAAUAAUUAUAUUCCAUAGACUUAAAGCUCCUAACCAUGUACAAAGAAGCAACUAAAAUAGUGAGCAUGCACAAAUACUUUGUAGUUUUACAUCUUAGGGAAAACUUACAACCUCAAUAAGCCUCUUACUCUCUUUUGUAAAGUUCUUUUUGAUGGCAGUUGAUGUGAAAAUAGGAUGGAUGCUUUUUUAAUAUAAAGUGCAUAGAAACUCAGUUUGAACUGUUAAAUAAUUCAAUAAAUGUAAUUACAAAGAACUACCAUUUUGUUGAAGUUUGCUGUUUAAUUAUAAAACUCUGAAAUAAAUGCAUGGAAGACUAAGUUUGAUGGAAUAUAGUACCAUUCACAACAGGUUGUACAGUAUUAUUUAUGAGAAACUUUUCUAGAACAGGGUCCAUUUGUAAGUGUAGCUAUAAUACUCACAUGGCAACUUGUGAAGCACCAUGUAAUGUAAGCAUAUAGAUUCCACAAGGAGAGAACAGAUUUCCCUGUUUAAAAAAAACACCAGCAAACAAAAGAACAGAAGCUAAUGCUAGUUUCUCCCUUAAAAAUACUGCAAGUUUAUAAAAAUUGCAUGAAAACAAUAACGCUUUAGUUAAAAAUCAAGUGUGAUGAUGAGGGAAGCAUCUAAACUAUUGCUUUCAAUUAUAAAGUAGUACAUUAAAUGUUGACAUAGUACAUUAAAUGUUGACAAAUCCUGAAGGCAAAAUUUGGCACAUGAAACUAAAUGUUUUUCAUUUAAAAAUUGCAAUUCUUGGACAAUAUUGCAGUAAUCUACACUGUGCAUCACGAGUUUUGAGACCUGACCUAAUUUUGCAGCUUUUUAAAACUACUAACCGGUGAUCUUUAAUAAUAAUUCUGUAGAUGUCUGUGCUAGAUGUUUGCCUAUAAAUGAUGUUUUGUUUAAAUAUUUAUGCAAAAGAUACAAGGAAGGACUUUAUCAUAUUACCUAGUAUUUAAUUGUGAUAGCACAUAUGGAAAAGAUAUCAACUUACAAACUUUCUCUUGUGAACAGGCAGAUUCUAAAUGAAAGGGUAUAGAUUCACAUUGAAUUUUUAACACUUCAUUUAGUAUUUUUGGCUAAACCCUUCAAUGAUUUUUAUCUGACAUUCUUAAACGAUACUCAGCAUAAUGCAAAAAACUUCUGGUAUAUAGAAGUAUUUUUGCUUUUAAUAGCAAAAUACUUAUUUUAGUAGCUAUAUGCUUUUCAUAAUAGUUUUUUAUGAACAUAAGCUCUUAAACUAAGAUACUAGAUUUUAAAAAAAUAAACUGUGACAGUGUCCCUAUUUAAAUGCAUUUUUUUAAAUCCCCACAGUGACUUUCUCAAAGUAACUGAUUUUGAGACUAACUUCUGUAGCUUGAAAUUAGCAACUUUCAGUAAUGCUGACAUUUGUUUGAAAUAUACAGUAUGCACAAUUUUAGGAAUAUUGCAAAAGGAAAAACACUCAAAGAUUUUGACAAACUUAUUUUAAAACUAAUGACCUAUGCUACCUUUGUCCAGUUUCUUCUACUCUGAUGAAUGGGCCACAGCACAAUAGGUUCAGUUUACAGAUUUUUUUAAAAAAGUUCCCAAAAGUUAGUUACAAGUAUAUUAAGAAUAGUUCAGUUAUUGUAUGAAUAACUUACUGUGCAACUACCAAAAAGUUUUGUAAAGCUCAUGAUUAUUGAGUACAUGCAGAACAGUCUGUUACAAGAUAGUAUUUGUUAGUUACAUGCAAACUAUAUUGUAUUAGUUAUUUCAGUGAUUGUACAAACAUACGAAAGGUGACCGGGCCUAGAACAAUGAGGCCUCAAUAUCAUUGGCCUGUAGAAACUACUACUAUGUAUCAAUGUUUAAGAAUAAUUUGUGAAAUAUGUACCAGCCAAGCAGUUUCUUGGAGGUGUGGCCUUUGUUAAUAGAUAAGUUAAAUAUUUAAUAAAAUAGCAGUCUGUCAUACAUAGCUUAUUAAGCAUAGCUAAUUGACUUUUUUAGUCAUAUACUCUGUAACUAAAGAAUUCAGCUACUCGGUGCUUGUGUAGUGGAAUAGUGUCACUUUUGUAUCAACAGCUAUUAGACUAAAUGAUUAUCAAUAUUGUAUUAUAAACUCAUUGUAGUAAAAUUUUUGAGAGAACUGGUAACUCCUGAUUUAAAAAUAAGUUAUGCCAUUUGCUUUCAAAUAUUAUUUAUAUAUGACCAUUAGACCUGUGACAGUUUUGUGUUACGCAGAUAUGCAUCUAAAAUGUUUGACCAGUAAUGAAUGCUUUGGUGUUUUGCAGAGACUAAAAUGCAUUUGAUUUUUAAAGUAUCUUCUAUACAAUUCAUGAUAGGAGCUUCUGAAUUUUUAAAAAGUAUAUUUUUAAAAUGCUUUGGGA